CUGGGAGCCCUGGGAGGCGACAGCCGAGGGCGCAGCCACAACCUCAGCCGCCUCGGAGCGGUAGGAGGGAGCAGCUGGUCGCUGCGUCGGGGCCGGCCACUUUCUGGGGACCCGGCUCCUCUAGCCCCGGAGCAGAUAGUGCUCCAUGUCCUUCGGGUAGUUCUGGUUCAAACCUCUCUCAACGACAUGGAAGAAUUUUUGCAACGCGCCAAGUCUAAACUGAAUCGAAGCAAACGCCUGGAGAAAGUCCACGUGGUUAUUGGACAUAAAUCAUGUGACUUGGAUUCUCUCAUUUCUGCCUUCACUUACGCUUACUUUCUAGACAAGGUCAGCCCACCUGGGGUUCUCUGUUUGCCUGUGCUGAACAUACCAAGAACUGAAUUCAACUACUUCACUGAGACAAGGUUUAUUUUAGAAGAGCUAAAUAUCUCCGACUCAUUCCACAUAUUCCGCGAUGAAAUUAAUCUGCAUCAGCUAAAUGAUGAAGGGAAGUUAUCUAUUACACUUGUUGGCAGCAACGUGUUGGCAAGUGAGGACAAAGCCUUAGAAUCGGCAGUCGUCAAGGUCAUUAAUCCAGUUGAGCAGAGCGAUGCCGGCUUUGAGUUCCGAGAGUCUUCCUCCUCUCUGGUGGUGAAAGAGAUUCUCCAGGAGGCUCCCGAGCUCAUCACCGAGCAGCUGGCUCAUCUGCUCAGAGGUAGCAUCCUUUUCAAGUGGAUAGCCAUGGAAUCCAAGAAGAUCUCAGAGAAGCAGGAGGAAGUUCUUUCUCUCCUGGAAGAAAAAUUUCCCAGCUUGCCUCCAAGAGAGGACAUUAUCAGCGUCCUGCAGGAGACCCAGUUCAGUGCUCAGGGUUUAAGUAUUGAACAGACAAUGCUGAAGGACCUCAAGGAACUUUCAGAUGGGGAAAUAAAAGUGGCCAUUAGUACCGUGAACAUGACAUUCGAGAACUGUACAUUUCACAGCAGUAUCACCAGUGAUUUGAAAGCAUUCGCAGACAAGUUCGGUUUUGAUGUCCUCAUCCUGUUGGCCAGCUACCUGUCAGAGGAGCAGCAGCCCAGACGACAGAUCGCUGUGUACUCCGGGAAUCUAGAACUGUGCAAUCAGAUUUGCUGUGAGCUGGAAGAGUGCCAGAGCCCUUGCCUUGAGCUGGAGCCCUUUGAAUGCGGCUGUGACGAGAUCCUGGUGUACCAGCAGGAGAACCCUGCGGUGACUUGUGAUCAGGUGGUUCUCCUGGUCAAGGAAGUCAUCAAUAGGAGGUGUCCAGAGAUGGCCUCCAACAGCCGGACAUCCUCCACGGAGGCGGUGGCAGGCAGCGCCCCACUCUCCCAGGGGUCUUCCGGAAUUGUGGAGUUAUAUGGUUCUGACAUAGAGCCACAGCCCAGCUCUGUGAAUUUCAUGGAAAACCCUCCAGAUCUCAACGAUUCUAACCAGGCCCAGGUGGAUGUCAACACAGACCUCGUUAGCCCAGACAGUGGGUUGGCCACCAUUAGGAGCAGCCGCUCAUCCAAGGAGAGCUCAGUUUUCCUCAGCGAUGACAGUCCAGUGGGAGAAGGUGCUGGGCCUCACCACAGCCUCCUCCCAGGGUUUGACUCUUACAGCCCUAUCCCUGAAGGGCCAGUAGCAGAGGAGCAUGCCCGGUCUGGAGAACACAGUGAAUCCUUUGACCUUUUCAACUUUGACCACACACCCAUGGUUUCUGGGCAGUCCCAACCAUCUUCCCAUUCUGCCGACUACUCCCCCACAGAUGACUUCUUCCCCAACAGCGAUUCAUCCGAAGGACAUCUCCCCACGGGACCUAAAGGACUCAAUGGGAUAGGGAUGGAUGUAUCGAAUUAUUCAUCCAGUUCUCUUUUGUCAGGGGCUGGCAAAGAUAGCCUUGUGGAAUUUGAUGAGGAGUUUGUCCAGAGACAAGAAAGUCCCAGGGAUAACUCUGAAAGAAAUUUGACCCUGACGGGUUUUGUGGGAGAUGAAUCUCCUUCACCAGAAAGUCUGAAAAACAUUGGAAAGAGGGUCCCACCAACACCUAUGAAUAGCUUUGUAGAAAGUUCGCCAUCCACUGAAGAACCAACUCUACUCUAUACAGAAGACGUGACCCCCAAAACCGUCAACCCAGGACCACCUCCCACACGGGCACGGUGCAGCAGCUGGUGGGGUGGUUUGGAAAUUGACUCUAAAAAUAUUGCUGAUGCAUGGAGCUCCAGUGAACAGGAAUCUGUUUUCCAGAGCCCUGAAUCAUGGAAAGAUCGUAAGCCAAGCCCAGUUGAUAGAAGAGCCUCAGAUUCUAUAUUUCAACCAAAGAGUCUCGACUUCCCAAAGUCAAGUCCCUGGGAGUCAGAAUUUGGUCAGCCUGGGCUGGGCAGCAAUCCUGUUCAAGACCAAAAUGAGGAAAACUUGCAGUUUGAGAACGUGUCCCCUGAGAAAUCGCAUUUGCCGAGCACUUGUCCUCAGGGAACAAACCACCUGAUAGAAGACUUUGCUGCUUUGUGGCAUUCUGAUCGCUCUCCCACCGCGAUGCCUGAGCCGUGGGGAAAUCCCACGGAGGAUGGGGAACCCGCAGCUGCAUCAUCGUUCCCAGCUUGGAGCGCAUUUGGUAAAGAAGAUGAUGCUGAAGCUUUGAAAAACACCUGGACGCUGCACCCAACGAGUGGUGAGGCACCUUCGGCAAGGGACCCGAAGGAGUGGGCCAUGGCCAAAAGCGGGUUUUCUUUCUCUUCGGAAGACCUGGUGGACCGUUCACCCAGUGGGGCAAAUAAUGAAGCAGUUCCAGAAAUCUGGGGCAAGAAGGACCACGACUCCAGAGACGAUGUCCUUAUAUCUGGAAAUCCCAGGCCUGAUGUGGAUCAUGCAUGGAAUAGUUCUCAGCCCACCAAGGAAGAUCAGAAUGGUUCAGUGGAUCCAGACAAUAGAGGGAAGAUGUAUGAAAAUGUAGAUUCCUGGAAACUUUUUGAGCAGAGUCACAAGAAAGGAGGGUCUGACGUCCUAGCACCUUGGGAAGAUUCCUUCUUGUCAUAUAAAUGUUCUGACUACAGUGCAUCCAACAUAGGGGGAGACUCGGUGCCAUCCCCUUUAGACACCAACUACUCCACCUCUGACUCCUAUACUUCACCAACGUUUGCUGGAGACGAAAAAGAAACCAAAAGCAGGGGCCUUUUCGAGUCACGAGAUGCUGGCUCUACCCCAGGGGACCCUGAAAUGCCCCCUCAAUCGCAGCAGCAGCCACCUAGAAAUCGAAUCAUUUCAGGUCCUGGAAACCUGGACAUGUGGGCUUCACCUCACUCAGAUGAUAGCUCUGAGAUAAAUGCCACUCACAGCCCAGAUAAAGACUCCCUCAAGGCAGAGCCCACGGAUGAGAAGACCAUCUCUACGGAGGAGGACUUUGGGGAAAGCAGCCAGUCCAGUUACGACGACCCCAGCAUGAUGCAGCUGUACAAUGAAACCAACCGACAGCUCACACUUCUGCACAGCACCACCAACUCCCGGCAGGCAGCCCCCGACAGUCUCGACUUGUGGAACAGAGUGAUUCUGGAGGACACGCAGUCCACUGCCACCAUCUCGGACAUGGAUAACGACUUGGACUGGGACGACUGUAGUGCGGGGGUGGCGAUCAGCGGUGAAGGUCAGGCACAAGGGUACCUGGCUGAAGGUAGUGAGCCCGAAACCCGAUUUUCAGUGAGACAGGUAGAACCAUGGGGCAUAGAGUAUCCGGAAGCAAGUCAGGUAGAUUGGGAACUCCCUGCCUCUUCUGAGCACAGCUCAGACACUGCUCCCCAUGAAUAUCACAUGCUGAAUGAGAAAAGCGGGCAGCUAAUUGCGAAUAGCAUUUGGGAUUCCGUCAUGAGAGAUAAUGCCAUGUCGUCAUUAAUGUUACCAGGCCCAUCGUCUGUUACAGACUCAGAACAAAGCAAAUCGCCUCCUGAAAGUUCCAGCCCACUAGAAGAAAUUAAGGACAGUCCCAUCCCGGAUAUGCUGGAAGUCUCUGGAGCCAGAGAGUCAGAAACACUUGGUCCCGACAAGCAGGACACGUGCACAGGAACCCCGCCAAGUGACACCGCAGUUUUGGUGACCAGGCUUGAGAAUCCAGGGCAUUUUGCCUGCUCAGGUCCCUGGAGAGAUUCUGGCUAUGGACUAAAGGAAAGUGAGAAGGACACAAAUGGAGCUGCCAAUAGGGAGCGCCCCAGUGAGGAGGAGCUGAUGGACGGAGCCUUGGGGACUGAAAAAGGGCAAAGUGACCAGGAGUGCUCUUCCCCAGCUGCAUCUGUGCAUCAAGUCAUCUGCGAUGAGUCAGGCAAAAUCAGCCCUCUUUCAGUCACUUCCAGUCCUCAGACCGAGGAACCCCAGGAGGCAUUAGAGUACGAGAAGGGGUCUUACGCUCCAGACCCCUGUGAUGUGCAGACAGAGGUGUCCACAGAUCACCCACAGGCAAAAGAGAUCAAUGAAAAGCACCUCAUAAGUCGCAGAAAUUCAGAGGGAACUACUGAAAUUUCAGGUAGACCAAAUUUCACCAAAAAUGUAUCUCUGCCUGAAAUGGAUCUGGAGAAAACUGAAGAAUGUAACAUUCUGGAGCCCGAGAGAAUGAACCCAGAGCCACCUCAUGAAUGUCCCCAGAGCCUUGAUGUUCAGGAUGUCCCCAAAGACAGUGAUGUGCAGAUCAGUUGCACAGGUCAUGAGAUAACUAAGAAUCUUGAAGUUGAGAAUACUGAAAACAGCCUUUCAGGAGCUGAUACAUCAGGAAAUUAUGACAGAGAUAGUGUUUCUAGUGAGUUUACACAUUCAAGUGCAUCCAGUCCUGACCGAGAUGAUUCUUCAGCUGCAUUGCCUUCCUGGGACCAAGGACCCAAUUCUGGGCAUCAGGAGGAGGAUCACGAUGAUUGGAAUACACAGGAUCACCAAGAAUCUGAACUAAUGACUACUGAUGGUCAAGCAGAAGUAAUUUCCGAAAUCAAGGGCUUGGAGAAAAACAGAAUGGACACGUUUGAAAAGAGCUUAGAUCCCAAGGUUCCUAAAUAUUUAGAGAUUUGGAGUGACUCAGUAGACGCUGAUUCCUUUUCCUCUUUAUCCAGCCCUGAGACAGGCAAAUAUUCUGAAUAUUCAGAUGGGUAUCAGGAAGGAAAUCUCGUGGUUAGCCAUCAAGAGAAAAAGGAAUAUGAUACUCCCGAAACUGAGCAGCGGGAGGAUGCCAAGUUCACGUCAACCAGCUCGGGUUCUGAUGAUGAUCGCGGAGGUGAUGAAGACCCAGUGGAGAAAGAGAUGCAUUCAGCCACUUGCCAAGUUGCUCAGAGUGAACCCAGAGCAUGGGAUUCAUCGGAUGGCUCUAAUAAAUUCUUGGACACAGCUAAUCCUGAGCCUGAGGAAUUUUCUGCUUACACAGGGAGUUCAGAACCAGCCGAGAAUGAGAACAAGUCAGACCCAUUCUGUGACAAUCGACAAAGCAGUCCUGAUUGCUGGAAUUUCUCACCACCAAAGGAGACUGAAGUGCAGGUUACAGCAGUGGAUAAGGAGAUGAGAUCUUCCCCAGAAGGAGAAAGUACAGAAGAUGUCAUAUGGCAAAUCUCUCCCACAACUGAACCAAAGAAUGAAAACGAUUCUGAGUCGGAAAGGCUUGGCUUCUCAGCUGACAGCACUGAAUGGUGGAAUGCCUCUCCACAGGGAGGCCGACCAGUUGAGAGUGCAUGUGAAGGGGAAGUAUCGAGCUCAAGUGGGGUGUUAGAGAUGGGUCCCUGGGGAGCAGCCAUUCAGGGUGAUACUGAACCCCUGGAAGUGCCGCGUACCGAUCCUUUCGGUGAUGAACAUCAGUCACCCUUUCUGGAUAGUAACAGGGAGAAAGCCCAUGAGCAUCUUUGGAACAUUCAGCCAAGGCAGCCAGACCCAGAAGCUGGGCAGCUUAGCCAGCUUGUAAUAUUGAACCACAUGAUAGAAAAUGGUUCCAGAGAGCAGACCUUCAUGUCUGCUGCUGAUGACAAACUCGCUUCUGAAAUACCUACCCAAGAGCAGUGUCCGAACACAGCGCUGUCCGUCUGGGACCGGCCAGGCCCUGCAUUUACUCACACCGAUGAAAAUGGAUGCUUUGUGUCUGACGCGUCAAUGACUGAGUGUCAAGAAACAAACUGGUGGGAAGAAGAAAAAUCACACCCCAGUGAAAUGACAAAUUUAAGCAUUGCCUCUGAAGAUUUCCCUGCCGUCAGUUCCUCCACCCAGUUGAUGAAGAAGUCAGGCUCUGAGUGGGAUGACUCUGCCCCUGGUGAGGGCCCCCAAGGGACGUUUGUUCCAGACAUUUUACACGGCAGCUUCCAAGAGGGCGGGCAGCUGGCUUCAGCUUCACCUGACUUGUGGGUGGGUGUUAAGCAGCCCUUCAGUGUGAACACAGAUGGUGAGAAUCCUGAUAUUCUGACUCACUGUGACCAUGACAGCAGUUCCCAGGCUUCCGACAGCCCUGAUGUGUGCCACGAUCAUGAAGCAAAGCAGGAGACUAGGCAGCCCACCAGGGCUGGGCUGGGACCUGAAGGAGGGGAAGCCAGCGCGUUGUGUCUCACCGAGCCAGAGGCAGAAGAGGAGCCCGAUCAGGAGCCCGGGCAGGAGCUUGUCCUGUACCGUUCACAACCGUAUUCUGAAAAUGCAAUUCCGCUGCCUCCCGUCAGCGAGCCAGCAAACACAGAUGACUCAUCUCAGCCUGCCUCUCACAGAGGUUCUCUGGAACCUGCCGAAAUAAAUGGUGAAGACAGUACUAGCGAGCCAGCAAACACAGAUGACUCAUCUCAGCCUGCCUCUCACAGAGGUUCUCCGGAACCUGCCGAAAUAAAUGGUGAAGACAGUACUAGUUUAAAAGCAUCUGAAAAAGGAGCCGACCCAGGCACAGCAGCAGUUUUGGAACCUGAUGACAGAACAGUCCCAAUGAUUGAAAACGUGGGAGCCGGUAUCUGUGUGACUCCCCAAGAGCCAGCUCUGGACGGCAGCAGCUCUUGGGUAUCAGAAGGCUUUUCUCCUGAGAGUCAGACAGACACAGGGGCCCUGCUGGACCACGAGCAACCUUUUGCUACUGAGAAUCCUGCCACAGUUCCUGACGCUUUGCUAGCCUCGGACACUUGUCUGGAUGUAAGCGAAGCUGCCUUUGACCACAGUUUCAGCGAUGCCUCAGGUCUCAACACAUCCACGGGAACAAUAGAUGACAUGAGUAAACUGACAUUAUCAGAAGGCAAUCCUGAAACGCCAUUUGACGGGGAUGCAGGGAGGCAUGACAUCUGUUCAUCUGAAGCCUCGUGGGGGGAUUUUGAAUAUGAUGUCGUGGGUCAAAAUAUUGAUGAAGAUUUAAUGAAAGAGCCUGAACACUUUGUCUAUGGCGGUGACCCUCCCUUGGAAGAAGAUGCUCUGAAGCAAGAGCUGGCACCUUACACACCUCCCUUUGAUCUGACCUAUCUCACAGAACCGACUCCUGAUGUCAAAGCCACAAAGGAAGCUGGGACUCCAGAGGAUGAGUCUCUGGGGAGUGAAGCAGCAGAGAUCUUGCUUUCUGCCCUUCCUGAUCGAAGAAGGAAGGAAAACCAUGCUGAGACCAAAAGUGGACAGGCCAGACACCAGCUGGUUGUCCUGCAUAUUCAUGAGGACCCUGAGUCAGUUUCUCUGCCUGUAGGAGUGGACACCAGCAUGGAGUUGUCUCCGUCAAACAUUGACUGGGAAGUAGAAACAGAUCAUUCAGAUUCACCAGCAGGUGGAGACAGAGGACCGCCAAAUGGUGCCAACAAGGGAAUAUUAGAGUUGGAAGAAGAAAAAAUAAUUCCUACCAAAGAGCCUGAGCAGAUAAAAUCAGAAUACAGGGGAGAACGGUACCCGGAGAAGAAGGAAGAUCAGCAUGCGUUGCACAUGGAUUACAUACUUGUACACCAUGAAGAAAAUUCACCCUCAGAGCCAGAGGCCCAUGAAGCCAGAGAAAGCACAUCAGAAUUAGAAGAAUUUCCCAUAGAUUCCGAAGAAACGAGGCUGCCAAGAACUCGGUUAGCAAGCUUCCCAGACACAUGUGAGCCUUCUUCCUUAGAUGAAAGAAACCAUCUUUCUGCAGAAAGAUUGUCUUCCAGAGAUGAGAAGAGUUCAUCCUUUGCAAGCCCUGGGCGGGACCAGAGUUGGAUGGUCCUGGGCGCUAGAGAGGUUGUUGAUGCAUCUUUGGAAACCAGGGACAGGGGGCCUGGAUGGUCUGGUGAGGCUGUGGAGCCAGGCUCUGACCACGGCAUGGGCAAGGGCCCCCAAGCACAGGUUCUGAAGGCAACGAAGUCUCUAGAAUCUUUAGCACUAGAGGAAGCCUCCGGUCUGUGCAGCCAAUCCCAGAAGAGCAAGAGCCGAGGCCGGGCUGGCCCCGAGGCAGUUAUGUUGCGGGCUGUCACCCAUGACAAUGAAUGGGAAAUGCUUUCAUCACAGCCUUCUCAGAAACGCACAAUCCCUGAAAUAGAAAUGGAGGAGGAGACAGAGUUUCUUGAGCCCAGAAUGAGGAAACCAAGACCAAAUGGGCUCCUGUCAGAGGAUGCAGGAAUGGACACCGCCUUUGAGGAGGGAACACUGAGUCCCGGGGCUGCGGACAUGAGGCCUGAACCUCCCAAUUCGCUGGAUCUUAAUGGCUCUCAUCCUCAGAGAAUCAAACUCACAGCCCCAAAUAUCAAUCUGUCUCUGGACCAAAGUGAAGGAUCUGUUCUCUCUGAUGAUAACUUGGACAGUCCUGAUGAAAUUGACAUCAAUGUGGACGAACUCGAUACUCCUGAUGAAGCGGAUUCUUUUGAGUACACCGGGCAUGAGGAUCCCAUGGCCAACAAAGACUCCAGCCAGGAGUCCGAGUCUAUUCCAGAGUACACGGCGGAGGAGGAGCGGGAGGACAACCGGCUGUGGAGGACCGUGGUGAUUGGCGAACAGGAGCAGCGGAUUGACAUGAAAGUCAUCGAGCCCUACAGGAGAGUCAUUUCUCAUGGAGGAUACUAUGGGGACGGCCUAAAUGCCAUCAUUGUGUUUGCCGCCUGUUUUCUGCCAGACAGCAGUCGGGCGGAUUACCACUAUGUCAUGGAAAAUCUUUUCCUAUAUGUAAUAAGUACUUUAGAGCUGAUGGUAGCUGAAGACUACAUGAUUGUGUACCUGAAUGGUGCAACUCCACGACGGAAGAUGCCAGGGCUAGGCUGGAUGAAGAAAUGCUACCAGAUGAUUGACAGACGGCUGCGGAAGAAUUUGAAAUCAUUCAUCAUUGUUCAUCCCUCUUGGUUCAUCAGAACAAUCCUUGCAGUGACACGACCUUUUAUAAGUUCAAAAUUCAGCAGCAAAAUUAAAUAUGUCAGUAGCUUAUCAGAACUCAGUGGGCUGAUCCCAAUGGACUGCAUCCAUAUUCCAGAGAGCAUCAUCAAGUACGAUGAAGAGAGAUCUUAUAAGAGAAGUGUGAGACUGGAUGAAGAACUGAGGGAAGCAUCAGAAGCAGCUAAAACUAGCUGCCUUUACAAUGAUCCAGAAAUGUCUUCUAUGGAGAAGGACAUUAAUCUGAAGCUGAAAGAGAAGCCCUAGCUGGCCAUGGCUGUAAGAAGAGGAUGCUCUUCUGCUUCGUGGUUCUGUUGGAACGUAUCUACCUGGAAGAGACAGGGUUGAUGGUACUUUCUUUCCACUUUGCACUACCUGGUGCCAUUCUGAAUUUCUAAGGGGAAAAACAGUAAGAGAAGUUGUUUACUCAUAACAUGCUUUAUGAAAUUGUGCGUAUUUUCCUAUUUUGCCAAUUAUGUGCCUCACAGAUUUGCGUUGAACCUUAGCAAGAAAGUAGGACCAUCUGUAUCAAUAUUCCAUUGACCGCUGGUGCCGUGGCAUCUCAUCCCUUAGACUAGUGUUAACCAAUAAGAUAACUUCAGUCCACUGUUCACUGUGAGUGGAUUUGUUUCCAUAGAUUAACUGGAUUUCUCCUUGGUGACCGUUUUAGGUUUAAAAUACACGGGACUCAAUGCUCCCGAGGGAAGCUGAGCCCACGUGGCAGUAAGUCCACCUUUAAAGUCCUCCGCUAGCUUAACACAGCCACAGUCUAGACACAGGUGUGACACCGCCUUCGGCUGCGUGCCCACCUGGUUCUCGUCCACAUGAACCACCUCCCGUGUCUCAAAAGGAUGCCAGCUUCCUAAUGCACAUCAAUUUAAUUUUAGUUAUCAAAUUCAUGUUUUCUGUGAAUUGGUCUUUUUAAAAAUCAUUUCUCCAAUGAAAGUUGAAGACCUCCACAUUGAGAAACUCAAAGAUCAAUGUCCCCAUUUCGGGUAACUGUUGGCACUUUGGGCCAUAAAUUUAGUUCCAGAUGUUACACUUGAAGUGCCAAGGACCCAACAGAAGGUGGCCCACUCAGAAAUUCAUUAUUUGGUGACAUUCAGUUUUCUGAAUUUCUCUCUCACAAGCAUUAUAAAAAGUAAUCCGCUUUAAAACACUCUAACCACUAGUUUAAAAUGAAAUGCGAGUAUGUACUAUUAUUUGCAAAUAAUCCUUCAUAGUCUUCAUAUGCCCUUUAAAACACCAAUGUGAUUUAGAAUCUGUGGGCCUCUAGCGGAGGGAGGGGUGGGCAAAUCCAGCACCCCACCUGUUUUCAGAUGGCCUUCUCAUCAAGAAUGGUUUUCAGACUUUGGGUUAAAAAAAAUCACUUUUAGUAUUUCAUGACCCAUGAAAGUUAUUCAAAUUCUAGUCCCCGUAAAUACAGUUUUGUGGAAACAUGGCCACACAAAUUUGUUGACAAAUUCUCCACGGCUGCUUUCGUACUGCAGCAGCAGACCUGACUAACUGUGACAGGCCGAGUGGCCCACAGAGCCUAAAACACUUACUCUCCUUAUAGAGGAAGUUUGUUGAGCCCUGCUCCAACACAUACAUCCUUCCCCGCUCCCUAUUUGUAUUCAGAUAUGAGUUGCUCUAACAGAAGGCGCAAGUAAGGUUACAAACUCAUUUACUCUUCAAAAAGAAAAUGUGAGCAUCCACAGCCAGGCAAACACAUGGCCCGCUGACAAGGGCACGGAGUCCUAGCCAUGGCAGCACGGCGCAGGUGGUGGCUGCAUGCCCCCAAACGAAGCCUGCUUAGAAGGCUUCUGGCUGUUCACAGACAUUGCUGAGGUCCUGACCUUACCCUGGGAACCAGUCGCAGUCUCCGGUACCACCUAGCACUAAUAAGCUGGCAAAAGUUAAAAGGUAGUAGAGAGUGGGGUUCCACCAUAGUCUUAGGGUGGUAAUUACAUCUGGGAGAGUGGCCCGGGACACUCUGAGCCCUGGGUGUCAUGAACUUUGAAAGGCUUUGAAGUAGACAUCUUUGCACAGGUGACUGAAUUUCACUGACCUCAUUUGCUUCAUGUCCGUCCUCCAUCCACCUUCCAGACAUGCUCUCCUACACACAAGUCAGCCCUCUUUCCUCCAUAAGCCACAGUUAUCUCUGUUCCCCUCUGAGUCCCUUUCCACUCAGUAUCCUGUUAAACCAUUCUUUUAGGUCUCCUCUCUCAUAACAUCUGGCUUGUCUGAGAGAGAACUCCUGGAGCACAUCUUCUCCCACAGCCCACCUCCACCUUUCGCAGCCCAAAUUAUGCCUCUUCCAGAACUUCGUGUUGACAUAGUGCAAUGACCCACUUUUCCAGUUUGUUCACCCAGUCUGUUCACUGCUGCCCUGGCAGAAUUAUUGACCACACUCCCUUUCGCUCAGUUGUGUCCCAUUUUGGAAGAUGAAUUACAUGGUCUCCCUAGACACAGGAAGCAAUGAAGAAUCCAGUGCUCAGCUGGGUGGUAUGAACCUGCGGAGACAGCGCUGCUGAGGGCAGGCUCUUGUGAUAGUCAGCCAGACUCAACAACAGCCCACCAUUCACGUUUUCUCUGAACUCGUCCAGCCCAUUCACAGAAGGCUACUCAGGUGGUAUUCUGUUUGAAGCUUCAUCUUCCUACAUGGAAAUUAUGAGCAUCUUUCUGGGUGGUUCUGUUUGGGCUAUUCUAUGGGCUGCAUAACCAUUCUGACAGUUAGGUGUCUGCUAUUUUAUUAUCUUAAAGAGACAAAUGAACUUAAUUGCACGUGCUACAGAAAAGCCACCAUGUCAUUUCAGACCAAGUAAAUAGAAUCCCGAGAAAAUAACCCCUAAGCAGGUAGGUAGACAGAUGUACACAUUCACAACAUUAGCUAUCUAGCUCUUGCAUUCUGAGCGUUCUUGCUUUGGUUCUGACUUCAGAGAAUUGUUUGCACUUUUCCUGGAGACUUGUAGUUAAGGGAAACAAGGGGUCAUUGGGACAAAGGUAUUGUUUUUUUUUUCAAAGUGCAACUGCUAUUCACUUAGGUCCUUGAUUAAGAGAAAGAACAAAAAUCUACACAGACGAUAUUGCAAGGAGUGAGAAAGUUUGUUUGAGAGCAAUAACGGGGUGGAAGAAAACCCGGACGUUCCUGUUGAAGCCAUACAGUGUUCUGCGGGGUUGUCUUCUAAGACGUACUCCGACAUCGGUGAGGAAGCCCCUACUCCGCGCCUUUGUGUUAGUAAGGUCUCAUUUUGAGUCUUCAGUUAUGGUACUAUAUUUGCAACUCUCAUGCGAUCACAAUGCCUCGGUAGUUUGCUCUCUUAGGAACAUUUAGAUGUGCACAAAUUAAUCUUUUCUAUAUUUAAAGGUUUUUUCUACCAUGUAUUGGAUUGCUCAGAAUAAAGUAUCUAUUAGACCUUUGUUUUGGUAAAUAAAUAAAUUCUACCUAAAUAGUGUGAAUUAAUAAUAUAAAAAUAUGUAACAACAAUAUAUAUAUAUAUAGUCUGUCUAUAUAAUUCAGAAAUAAAAAUUGAUUCCACAA